AUGUCGCCGUUUGUGGGAGUCAAUGGGGGCGUCGGGUGGUUGGAGUCGCGGGACGACGACACGAGUUGGAUGCCGCGAAGCAACUUCAACAGGUCAAGAAAUGGCUUCUAUCAGUCGGCAACCAACCGGACAACCACCCAGCAGAUGUUUAUCAACGAGCUGAGAUUUUCGGCCGCUAAAUCUAUCAGAACCUCGACACUCAUCCUAGCCUGCUUCAACAUUGUCGCUGCCUUUGCCACGGCUCUAGGCAUACUGUGCGAUUCAUACUUCAGGGAGAAGCGGAACAACAGGAGUUACAGGUUCAGGGGUAGCGGCUUUAGAUUCGUGCCUGAGGGCGAAGUCUACCCGCUCGUACUAUCAAUCGCCAUAUUGAUCCAGAGCAUCACAUUUGCCGGGGCUCAGGGUACGGGGCUAGACAGUCUCUUCGGCGGAGGCUGUACCACGGUAUCCCAGCUGAUGCUGCCCGCUCUGUUUAUUGCCCCCUACACCCAGCUUGUAUUCGGAAUCGAGAUCGCCAUCCGGGCGCUUCGGAAGCAGCCGUUCGCUCCCAGAGGCAAAUAUAACGUGACAAUCUGCCUGGCCAUCAUUGGCAUGCUGACCCUGGUCAAUUUCCUGGUCGCGGCCUUCGAUCAGGCCCGGAACUUUUGCUUGACGUCCCUCUUUUGGUUCGUCUCGCACUGGUCGCUUCUAUGUUUUGCACUCCUCGUUGUUAUUUCGGUCGUCGUCCUGGCUUGCACCAUCAUCAUCUUCGUCAGAUUGUACCGAAGCAUCAAAAUCGAGGUGACUGCCCGGGUUGCCGCAUCCAGAAUGGUUUACUACCUGGCUCUUGCCGUCAUAACCACAGGGUUCAUGGUGCCGUUCUUCUUCGUAAUAUCAUUUUUGGACGAACGAGGUCAAAGUUCCAACGAACUCACCCUCGGCAUGGUCGCUUCGGUAGUUGCCAACGUAUCCGGGCUAAUGACCGGAGGACUUUAUUUGUUUCUGAAGUCGAGCACCCUGUCGACCAUUGGCCCCAAAGAUAAGGCCGGAGAAUACGAGAACCGGAGGGCAAGAUACAAGAUUAGACGGUACAGUCCGAAUGACGCUGAUGACGGCGAUGGCUUCGAUAGCCACUCUAUGCACCUAGUAGCAGACUCGAGAAGCCUGCAUCGAGUUGCUAGCAACACGAGCUCGACAGAUAUCGAUAUUGAGAAGGAGGAAGAAGCGCUGGACGGCAAGAGCAUACGCUCGGCAUCGACCACGGUUGGCAGGCGAACUCCGGGCUCACUCCGCUCGAACGCACGCAUGCCCGUAGUGCCAGCAACCCCUUUGCCCAAGGCCCCGGAGCCCGCACGAGUCCCGCCGGUGUCGCUCGUGCGCAAACGUACUUAUUCCCUGUUUCCGACUAGCGGCACUGCUUCGAAAUCACCAUUAACUCUCUUGCCUGCUACUACAUAUUCACCAGCGGACGCCCUCAAACCGCCUCCGUCCAUGGGUAAUCUCGCAAACAUGCGGCAUCGGAGAGACUCGUCACUGGUUUCCUCGGCGACUGUUCAGAUCGGACUGCGCCUUUCUUCAGUGGAGGAUAUGCCUCCAGUAGCCAAGAACAAGGUCGUGGCCGGCGACUGCGAAGUGUACAACCUGGACUGCCCCAACGUCCUGAAAGAGUUAGAGAUGGCAGGCCUUAAACGCCCGAUAGCCAUGGAUGGCGGUGCCACCACUCCUCCACUGGCCUCGCCAGCGGACGACAGGAAUCCUAAGCGAGACCCGGUGAAAGACGCAAGGAUGAAGACGCUGCCACCUGUUCCAGGGUUGCCCGUCCAGGUCGCCCAAGACCAGCCAGCGGAGGAGGAGCCUACCUUAAGCCCGACCGUCUAUGAUCCAAAUAGUCCCAUCAAGACCAGCCUACCGACUUCAACAGGCUUACAAGAGGUUACUUUGAGCCCUGCCGUCUACAACCCUCAAAGUCCAACCAAGGUGAAACUGCCGAGUCCCAAGGGUGUUGGCUUCACGACGCCCAUGGCGAAAUCGGCAAAUGCUCCCGGCCCUCGGAGUCCGCCGGUUGCACCACCCCAGCGCCGUGCUACAGGGGAAACUACGCCCUUGCCAACGGACGCCAAGGGCGCCUGGAUAUAG